GCUGUUCUGUGCAAUUAUUGUUAUUUUGUUCCUACCUGUGGAAGGGGCGAAGAAAAAUGUUUUGUUUAUAAUAUCCGAUGAUUUUAGACCACAGCUCGAUGCUUAUAAGGAAUUCAAUCUUGGACCGUCAUACACACCAAAUCUCGACGAUCUAGCAGAUAAGAGUUUGUUGAUGAAAAGAGCUUAUGUACAAUGCGCCCUUUGUUCACCGAGUAGGACUUCUUUUCUGACAGGACGCAGACCCGAUACAACCCGCGUUUACGAUCUGAAGCAUUAUUUCCGAGAUGUCGGAGGCAACUUUACAACCAUACCUCAGUUUUUUAAAAGUCAUGGAUACAGAAGUGUGGGUAUGGGUAAAAUUUUUCACCCAGGUGUCGUGGCGUCCAACAAUGAAGAUCCUCCGUCCUGGAAUAAAUUUUACUACCUAGAGGAAGAUCCGGAUUUGAGUGUAAGUUGGAGGGCUGUUUCAAAAGCCGAGCGACUGAAAGAUCCAUUAAUUGAUGAACUGGUCGUAGCUCAAGCUAAGAAAUCGCUACACAAUCUCGCCAGCGGAAGACACCCAUUCUUCUUGGCCAUUGGGUUCCGCAGGCCCCACUUGCCAUUUGUCUUCCCAGAAGAAUACUUAGCAGAUUAUCCUACAACUCAAAUUCAGAUUCCUGGUAAUGAUUACGCCCCUAUUGAUAUGCCGGCAAUCGCUUGGAGUAAGUACGAGGAGCUUAGAAGUUACCAUGAUAUCGGGGCUUUGAACGUCACUGGAAAUCUUAACACGACCUUGCCUGAUCAAAUAGUCAAAGAUUUAAGACGAGCAUACUUCAGUUCUGUCACGUUUGUUGAUGCUAUGGUGGGCGAAGUUUUAGCGGAAGUAGAGAAACUAAAUUUAAUGGACGAUACAAUCAUAUCAUUUAUUGGCGAUCACGGAUUUUCUUUAGGUGAGCACGGGCUGUGGGCUAAAAAUACUAAUUUUGAAGAUGCUGUACAUGCGCCAAUGAUGAUUCGAGUGCCUGGUUUAACAGAUCAUGGGGCCAUCACAUAUAAAUUAGUAGAAUUCGUUGAUCUGUUUCCCACAAUCGUAGAGGCCGCUGGUUUUCCACAACUUCAUCAAUGUCCAGAAAGAUCAUCACAGGUUUAUCUUUGUACAGAAGGGAAAAGUAUGGUCCCUCUGAUGACAGAUCCUGAUGCACAGUGGAAAUCGGCUGUCUUUUCACAAUACGAACGGCCUGGUAAUGUAAUGGGAUAUUCAGUGAAAACGGAUAGGUAUCGCUAUACUGAAUGGGUUCGGUUAUCUGAAAGAACGAAUUAUAAUUCAGAUAUGGCUGAUGGACAUGUAGUAGGCCGAGAACUGUAUGAUCACGAAAAUGACUACCAGGAGAAUGUAAACCUGGCCGAUCACCACGACAAAGUCAGCAUUGUCGCAUCAUUGAAGCAAACCUUACAUGAUGGAUGGAGGCCAAUUCAUACGGAUUUGAUUGGAAAAUAAGACAUUAAAAUAAUA